CAAACAACAGCCCAACUGCGCUGAAGCGGCCCAAACGACUAAACAUUAUAUGGCAUUCCGGUAUUCUACAUGCAUGCACACAGACAUAUACCACAACCGCCACAUAGUGCCGGGGAACCCUACAAAGGGUUGCGUCCUCGGAUCGACCCAAGUCAGAUGCCGUCUGCGAUUAACGUGAUAGAAUCAGACAAGGAGCAAUGGGAAGGGCGUUCAUUUAUGACGUUACCCGGUAACAAUCCGCCGUUAUCAACAACCGACUUCACAGCGUUUGACCAAGGAAACUCGAGUCCAAAACACGUUAGAGUAUCAACGUGGAAUCUCCCAAGCUCCUCUCAUCUGGCCAAAGAGUGCGGUAUUCCCCUUGCGGCAGUGUUUCAGCCCUUCGCAGAUCUUGAUUCUCGCGAAGAGUCUAUUCCAGUCGUGGACUGCGGUGAUACAGGUCCCCCUCGGUGCGAGGAGUGUAGAGGGUACGUCAAUCCUUGGUGCACAUGGACUGCUGGUGGAAGCAGAUGGAAAUGUAAUCUUUGCGGUCACGAAACUCAAGUCUUGCCAAAUUAUUUUUGCAAUCUGGACGCAAAUCUCAUGCGAAUAGAUCUUCCAAACCGCCCUGAAUUGAACAAGGGAACUGUUGACUUUGUAGUCUCAGGAAAAGAGUACUGGGCGCCUCCACCUUUACCGAGGAUGAAUUCAUCUUAUUUCUCCAUUGACCCACCUUCCUCUCAAGCACGCGAACCCAAAUCCCUGAACUACCUUUUUGCACUUGAUGUCUCGGUGGAUGCCGUACGAACAGGUUUUCUCAAGUCUACCUGCGAUGCCCUGCGAGAUCUACUAUACGAUACCUCCUUUGACGGGACUCAGUCAGAUCCGUCCUUUCCCCGAGGCUGCCAGCUUGCGAUUUUGACAUAUGACACUUCCUUGCACUUUUACGAUCUGACUCCAGCCUCAUCGCUACCGAGAAUGAUUGUGGUUUCCGAUUUAGAGGAAGUAUUUACUCCUUUGCGUGAGGGCUUGUUUGUAGAUCCCUGGAAAUCUAGGACCGCUAUUGAAGGUCUACUCGAAGCAUUACCGGAACGUUAUCUAGAUACUGUCAUUGAUAAUGCAGCACUUGGGGGAGCACUACUUGCUGGUCUUGCUUCGCUUGCAGGCCGGGGCGGCCAUAUUAUUGCUUUCCAGAGUGUCUUACCUGCAAUUGGACCCGGCGCUCUUGAACCACCAGGUGAUCAGGCAUCAUUAUAUGGCACGGAGAAAGAGCGAACUAUGUUCCUCCCGCGUCAUCAGACAUGGAGAGACAUUGCCGAGGAGUGCGCCGAGGAGGGCAUUGGCGUGAGUAUGUUUCUUGGGAUGAGCAAACCUAUCGAUAUUGGAUCUAUCGGUAUCAUAUCUUCUACCACUGGCGGCGAACUGUUUUUCCAUCCUAGGUUUAAUCAUGCACGAGAUCAACACGUUCUAGCUUCUCAACUACGGCGUUUGCUAACUAGGACGACGGUGUACAAUUGUUUAUUGCGCGUGCGAUGUUCCAAUGGCCUUCGAAUAUCAAAUUAUUAUGGCAAUUUCCAUGAGCGUUCUGUAUCGGACUUGGACAUUGGAAUUCUUGACUCCGAUAAAGCCAUAUCCGUGCAUAUUGAGCACUCGCGGAAGUUGGAUGCUCGGGAGUAUGCCUUCUUGCAGUGUGCUGUGCUGCAUACGACACCAGACGGUCAACGCCGCGUCCGAACAUGUAACCUUGCCUUGCAAGUGGCAGACUUGGCCGCCAACGUUUUUAGGUAUGCUGAUAUGGAUGCCGUAGUGUGUCAUUUAGCAAGGGAAUCUAUGGCAAAAUUGACGUCACGCCGAGUGGCUCACAUCCGAGAAGAGCUGACCGAUAGAUGCUCGUCGAUAUUGCUCGGCUAUAGGCGAAAUUGUGCGGCUGCUACCGCUGUCUCUCAGCUAAUUUUACCUGAAGCAUUUCGAGCUCUACCUGUAUACACCCUAGCGAUCACGAAGUGCAAACCCCUCAAAGGUCGUAAUGUGUCCGCGGACGUGCGCAACUAUCAUGCUCAGAAGAUCCUAUCUAUGAGCGUGCGCACAACAAUGCAGCAUCUCUAUCCCCGCCUUCUUGCGCUACACGACUUGGCAGACGACAUAGCACUUCCAGACCCCGCAACAGGCCACAUGUCGUUUCCGUCACUAAUGCGGGACAGCCACACAUACAUGGAAGCACACGGCGUCUAUCUAAUAGAUAACGAAGAUCUCAUGAUAUUUUGGGUCGGUUCCAGUGUGUCCCCGCAAUUGCUUCUUGACCUAUUUGGCGUGGACGACCUCCUGGCUCUAGAUCCGAAUACUAUCCAGCUUCCUGUUCUUGACACUCGGUUGUCUACUCAGGUUAGGAAUAUACUAACGCACCGCUAUGUUCAGCGAGGUCGCACUCCGAAGAUGCUUCUCGUCCGACAAAAUAUGGACGGGACGGAAAUUGAAUUUAGCGACAUGCUUAUCGAAGAUCAGAAUAACGCUGCCAUGUCAUAUUUGGACUAUUUGUGUUUGACUCACAAGCAAAUUAACUCUGUGCUUACAAACGGCGAGUCAAUAUCAGGAGGGCCAAGCCUUCGAGGAUCUCCGUGGUAACACCACGCCGUAUAACUGGCACAUUCCCGGCAUCAUAUUCCACAGCCAUGAAUUUUCAUAUCGUUACAUUAACUGCUUUUUAUGUGUUUCGUUUCGAUUCCUGGUAUCAGCCUAAAUAAAUGGCGUGAGCUCCCGUGGUUCCCACUGGUGCUGCUAUGUAGAGCCUGAUUCGUCGGUCAGUCCGGCUGCUUAUGCAUGUGGGCAAGUAAAAAGCC